UCCUCUCGCCUAAUAGCAACCUAGCGCUGAAAAAAAAGUCUUCCACCGAAGGCUAGAGGAAGGCGCACCCUAAAAAACCUCGACUGCCUUGUUUUAGCUGCGAUCUCUGGACGCACCAAAAGCCAAUGUCCCCUCCACACUGUCUUCAGGCGAAACUGUGCAGCCACUAAACCAAAACAAAACCCCUCUCGGCUACCUGGCUGCCCGUUCAAACCGGUUGGCUACUUGUCUGCAAAACCCUAGUCCGAAUUCACGGCUUUUCAAACUAUCCAAAACCCCAGUAUGAAUUCACGGCUUUUCAAAGUGUCCAAAACCUAUGUCUGUAAUCACGGCUUUUCAAACUGUCGAAAACCUAUGUCUGUAAUCACGGCUUUUCAAACUGUUUCCCAUUGCUUGGAUGUUUCGAAGACCUUUCUUAGUUCUCAACAGAUGGAAUUGGGAGAAUCGUAUUUUAUUUCAUUUUCUUGUAACCUCUGUUCUCUUUCAGCUCAAAUUGCAAUGUUUUAUGACGUGAUGCCAUCCGCUCUGAACCUUGGAGUAUAUGCUGAUGUAGUGCACUCCUGGCUACGAGUUCGGCAUAAAAUUGGCAUCAAAUGGAGAUCCCGGAGUUGUAAAAUCAAGCCAGAUCAAGGACGGUCUCCUCCAAGGACGAUCAAGCAAGGACAAGGGCGACCUCCUCCAGCCUAGCAUAGACAAGGACGGCCUUCUUUGGACUAACGUCAUCAAGGGCGACCUCUUCCAAUCCAACAUUCCAAGGCGAGGUACAACAAUCAUCCUGCAAAUCAAGGACACAAGAAGUUAGAACAAGGGUUCGUUGAAGAAGCAGAUAGUUCCAGAUGAAUUAAUUAAAGCUAGCUUCUCAACAACAUCAAGUUGAAUAUCUACCAAGUUACAAGUGUCAGACGAGGUGGCAUCCUAGUCAUCACUUCUCCAAUCAGUGUGGUCCACCUCAGCAUUUCCAGAUUCAAUGUACCUAACUCAUGGAAGGUUGCACAAACACCGAUGUACCUACCCCAGCUAUCCAUUGGUGGAAUUUUCUAGAGAGGACAUGUGUCCAAGCAAUACAAUUUUAUAUUGGUCAAGCAUUAAAUGUUAUGUAAUGGUUGUAACAAACCCUAAUUAGGGUUUUCAUUGUUGAAUCUUGGCCAUUGAUCUCGAAUUGAUCUAAGCCAUCGAAUUGUAUUGAGGGCACUAUAUAAGCCCUGACAUUUCAUUUUGUAAAGGUGAUAGUUAGAGUUAGAAUAUAGUUGGAAGCAGUUAGAAGACAGAUAGAGAGUAGUUAGAAGGUGAUUAGCUAGUUGAUAGAAUAGCAAUUAGAGUAGAGUAGAGAGAGAAGGCAAAGAUUGUUGCCAAGAUGUUGUUGUAAAAGACUUGUAACUUCAUUGAAGAAAUGGUGAAAUUUAUGGGUCGAUUCGACAAUUUGCGUGGUCUUUAUACUUCUCAUGUUUGAUUUUAUUAUUAGAUGAGUGGAAGAAAUGUGCUUGAUUGAUGGUGGAAUUCGUAUAUCCAUACUACUAGCAGUUUGUUGAUUGCAGACUUGCCUUGUGUAGUCAACUGGAAUCAUUCAGCUUAAGCUUAACUUCAAUUAUCGCUUCUUCAUUGAUAUGCAUCAGCCUGAUGGUGUCUAUGCCUGCAGUGAUGAUUUGAACAUCAUAAAGCUUUCCUUCGAAGAUCGCACUAACCUUGUGGAGAUGUUCCUGUGAUGUCAAAAGAAGACUUAGUUAGAAUUCCAUCAAAGAUCAUUCAUUGCUCUUACAUUCUUAGUAUUAGAAUUAGAUCCUUUCCUCACCCUCCUCUUUUUUUUUUCCUUUUUUUCAAGUCAAAGCUAGUAAGAGCCUGUGUUCCAGCAAUAUUCAAAGCAAAUCAGAAGUUCAGGCAUCAAAUGUAAGUCCCCUUGUGAUUCCAGCAAAUCACAUCAUACCACAAAGAGCUUAUCCACACGUAGAGACCCUACAUACAAGAACCUUGAAGUCAUCCCGAUUGAUCCUUUUCGCGACAUCUUCAGCAUUCGGAGGCUUUACUCAAGAGAGGAUAAGGUACCUUUAGG